CGGGGUGGAGGAAGCCGCCCCGGCUCCGGAUGGACGGGCGCGCGCGUGCGCGCGCGAGGGUGGGCAGUGGAGCGUACGCGCGCGGAGGCGGUGUUGCCAGGACCCCGGGCGCGGGCGGGGACGCGAACAGCGGCCGCCAUGGAGUCGGCGUUGAGCGCUGGCAUCCAGAUGGCCGAGGCGCUGCAGACGCGGCUGCCCUGGCUGGAGAGCAUGUGGCUCUGGGUCACCUUUCUGGGCGACCCCAAGAGCCUGUUCCUGCUCUACUUCCCCGCGGCCUACUACGCCUCCCGCCGCGUGGGUGUCGCCGUGCUGUGGACCAGUCUCAUCACCGAGUGGCUCAACCUCGUCUGCAAGUGGUUUCUCUUUGGAGACCGGCCCUUCUGGUGGGUCCAUGAGUCCGGGUACUACAGCCAGGCUCCAGCCCAGGUUCACCAGUUCCCUUCUUCAUGUGAAACUGGUCCAGGCAGCCCUUCCGGACACUGCAUGAUCACAGGGGCAGCACUGUGGCCCGUGAUGACAGCGCUGUCUUCCCAGGUGGCCGCCCGGUCACGCAGCCGCUGGGUGCGGGCCAUGCCUAGCCUGGCCUACUGCACCUUCCUGCUGGCCAUCGGGCUGUCGAGGAUCUUCCUCCUGGCGCACUUCCCCCACCAGGUGUUGGCUGGGCUGGUGACCGGUGCAGUCCUGGGCUGGUUGAUGACCCCCCGAGUCCCCAUGGAGCGGGAGCUCAGUUUCUAUGGUCUGACUGCACUGGCCCUCAUGCUGGGUGCCAGCCUCAUCUAUUGGACCCUCAUUACGCUGGGCCUGGACCUUUCCUGGUCCAUCAACCUGGCCUCCAAGUGGUGUGAGCGGCCCGAGUGGGUGCACAUCGAUAGCCGGCCCUUCGCCUCGCUGAGCCGCGACUCCGGGGCCGCCUUGGGCCUGGGCAUCGCUCUGCACUCACCCUGCUAUGUACAGGUGCGCCGGGUACGGCUGGCCAGCAGCCAGAAGGUGGCCUGCCUGGCGCUGGCCAUGGGGCUGCUGGGUGCCCUGAGCUGGCUGGGCCAUCCGCCCCAGGCCAGCCUCUUCUACGUGUUCAACUUCCUCAAGUACACGCUGUGGCCCUGCCUGGUGCUGGCCCUGGUGCCCUGGCUGGUCCACUUGCUCAGUGCCCCGGAGGCCCCGCCCACCCGCUCCUCCUGACUCUGGCCUUGGGCCCCACACUCCCAGGCACAGCUCCAAUGCCCAGGCCCUCGCUGAGGUGACCCCCACCUCCCAACACCUGGUCUUUUGCCCCCAGUGGGGUCUCCUGUCUCCCAAGAGGUUGAGCUAUCCCUGUCCUCUUCUACUGCCUGAGCAGAGAGAGCAAGACAGGCGUGUUUCUGCAACACAGGAUCGGCAGAACUUGAAUAAAAUCUGGGAAACUUG